ACCAGCCUCGUGUCAUCGGCGUCCAUCUGACAGGUGGGCAACGCAGCCCUGUUGGACGCCAGUGCCCUAUAAGCUUCGCCGGCAUCUGGAUGGCUGCGCGAUCGAUUUCAAUCUAUACUCUUUUUGCCUUAUUUAAUAUUAGUCUCCUAUAUUAUUAUUUUCCAUUUUACAUCUCCGGAAUACGAUCAGAAUCUCCGUCGCACUUCUGCAGUGCGUCGUAAGUAUGCCCGCCCCAUCCUGGCUCCAUGCUUAUCUCCCCACCUCAGUAUUUCUCAAUCUCUUGAAUAUCGAACUCUGGUUCGAACCAUAUAAUCACUCCAUCCUGAAACACCAUUUCUCAGCCAAAGCAGUCCCAUUGGACCUCCAGGAUAUCCCUAUCGCUUUUUCACCCUCGCUCACCUAUUCACAAUCCUCAAAUUUCCAAACUCAUCAAAGGCAAAGCCGUUGAAAGAACGGGGCACUCUGCAGACCAAUUCCCCGCACUGCACUCUGUAGAAGCUUACGUAGACCCUCACCUUACAACGGUCAAUCAAGGUCUAGACAGUUGGCUAGAAUCCACCUAAACUCUGAUUGCUCUUCGCUCUGUGAAGUGAGUUAUGUGCUGGCCCACCAUCCAUGUGUCCAGGAUGGGCAAACAAGAGGAUUAUCCUUCGACUUGUUCGAUUCCAGACCUUUACAGUAGACCAGCAGCACAGUGCUCCGAACAAAGGCUACAUCCACAAUUCGAAUUUUCCACGAUUUUCCUCCUGUCUCUUUUACCCUUAUUCAAGGAUUAAUC